AUGAACAAUUUAUUAAAAGAAAUUUAUGAAAAAACUGCAGAUUACACUGCAUUUUAUACCGGCGGAGAUGUACAGUGGACAUCAGAUGGUGUUCAUCUUCUUUGUCACUGCGAUGAUGUCAUCAAAGUGGUUGAUGUCAACACAUUCUCUACUAGCCACACCAUUGCACAGACUGACGAAGAUGCUGAAUCAGAUCAAAUUUAUACUUUUCAAAUGUCCCACGAUAACAAAUCAGUGGUAACUGCACACAAAAGUGGAUUGAUGAAGCUAUGGGAUCAAGAGACCGGACAGCAGCAGAAGAUUUGGAGGUCUGGCCACAAAGGCCCAGUUGCCAAAAUAGCAUUUGAACACACAGAUGAAAAUAUUGCUUCAGGUGGUUCUGAUGGCAACAUAAGGUUGUGGGACCUUGCACACAAUACUUGCACAAGUAGUUUGCGAGGCGCAGUUGGAGUAUUUUCUGUUUUGAAAUAUCAUCCAGAUGCAAACAAACAAUUAAUUUUUGGAGCAGCUGAUGACACUAAAAUCAGAUCAUGGAACUCAAAAACUGGCAAGGAACAUUUAAUCUUUUCAGGACAUUUCAGUAAAAUCACUUCACUGCAGUUUACUUCAGAUGGAGAACACAUGGUCAGUUCUGGUAGAGAUCGAGUAUUAAUAUUGUGGAGUUUAAAUGAAAGCAAAGCACUUAGAGUUGUUCCUGUAUAUGAAAGUAUAGAAUCUACUAUUCUAUUGCCUGCAACAUUUAAAAUACCUAAUUUUAAGAAGAAACUUGAGACAGAAGGGAUAUAUGUUGCUUGUGCAGGAGAGAAAGGUGUUGUCAAAGUAUGGAAUAUGUUAAUGAGCCGACUCAUGUUUGAACAAAAUAAUAGUCUUGUGUCUCCAGCAGCUGAGGAGGGUGGUUUGGCUGUAACACACUUGCUUUUUAAUGAAUUACGAAAUGUCCUAUCUGUUGUCACAGCAGAUCACAACAUUAUCAUUCAUGAUCUUGAAACAUUUGAAUGUAAAAAGCAGUUAAUUGGUUUCACUGAUGAAGUACUAGAUAUUAUAUUUCUGGGAAAAGAUGAAACACAUUUGGUGGUAGCAACCAACAGUCCUGACUUGAAGUAUUAUGAAAUUGAUAGUAUGAACUGCCAAAUUGUAAAGGGACACACAGAUAUAGUCUUGGCUCUUGCUCGCUUCCCAACUAAACCUGAAAUGUUUGUGUCUUCAGCUAAAGAUAAUUCUGUAAGACUUUGGUUACAAAACCCUGACAACAAAAUAUCUUGCAUUGGAGUUGGAGCUAGACAUACAGCAUCUGUUGGAUCUGUGUUUGCCUCCCAGUCAUCAAAUGAUUUCUUUGCAUCUGUAAGCCAAGACAAUUGUUUAAAAGUUUGGAAUGUCCCUAAGGAACUUGCAGGUGACCAAAAAAUUAAAUCUUCUUACACAGAACUGGCUCAUCAGAUGGAUAUCAAUUGUGUAUCCAUAUCACCAAAUGAUAAAAUGAUUGCUACUGGAUCACAGGAUAAAACUGUCAAACUAUGGUCAGAGGAGUUGACAUUACUAGGUGUACUUAAAGGACACAGAAGAGGUAUUUGGUGUGUCAGAUUUUCGCCAGUAGAUCAAGUAGUCCUGACGUCUUCAGCAGAUACUACAAUAAAAUUAUGGUCUAUAUCUGACUUGAGCUGUCUUAAAACUUUUGAAGGACAUGAGAGUUCCGUUCUCAAAAUUGAGUUUGUGAGUAGAGGACAGCAAAUAUUGUCAAGUGGAGCCGAUGGAUUACUCAAACUUUGGAAUAUAAAAACAUCAGAAAGUAAAAUGUCCCUAGAUAAUCAUGAUGGCAAAGUGUGGUCUUUAGCAGUUAGUAAAGACGAAUCAAUAGUUAUCACUGGUGGGUCUGAUUCAAAGUUAGUGAAGCUCAAAGAUGUAACUGCAGAAAAAAGAUUACAGUUAGCUAAGGAAAGAGAAGAAAUGAUACUACAAGAACAGGAAUUAAUGAAUUUGUUACAUGAUAAACAAUUAAUUAAAGCUCUGAAAUUAGCACUACGAAUGCAAAGGCCAAUGCAUGUUUUGAAAAUAGUUAAUGAAGUUCUUGCUGGUGGAAACGAAAAGCUUUAUGAAACCCUUAAAGAAAUCAACCAUACUCAAAAAGAAACUUUAUUAAAGUUUGCUGCAGAAUGGAAUACAAAUAAUAAGAACUGUCAUGCAGCACAACUCGUAUUUAAUAUAUUAGCACCCGAAAUUAUUGCAGGAAACUUAAAAGUGCCUGCCUUAGCUGGUUUUAUUGAAGGUGCAUUGCCCUACACUGAAAGACAUUUUGAAAGAUUAACAAACUUACUUCAAGAUCUUAACUUUAUAACAUACACUGUGAAUUGCAUGCAACCUCAUGCUGUUAAUAAUGUGUAA